GUGCGGCCCCCGGCUCCCCUGGGUGCUUCUCGGUUCGGACCGGCCAGGCCAUGGGCUCGGGCCCGGCCGCGGGUUCGGUGCGGGCGCGCUACCUCGUGUACUUCCAGUACUUGGGCACCGACUUUAACGGGGUCGCGGCCGUCAGGGGCGCCCAACGCGCCGUCGGGGUCCAGAACUACCUGGAGGAGGCCGCGGAGGGGCUGAAAUCGGUCGUGCCGGUGAAGUUCACCAUCUCCAGCCGCACGGAUGCGGGGGUCCACGCCCUGAGCAACGCGGCGCACCUGGACGUCCAGCGCCGCUCAGGCCAGCCGCCCUUCUCCCCCGAAGUCCUGACGCAGGCCCUCAACACCCACCUGAAGCACCCCGCCAUCCGGAUCCUGCAGGCCUUCCGCGUGCCCGGUGACUUCCAUGCCCGGCACUCUGCCUCGUCCAGGACCUACCUGUACCGCCUGGCCACUGGCUGCCCCCGGUAUGACCAGCUGCCGGUGUUUGAACGCCACCGAUGCUGGGCACUGCAGGCCACCUGCUUGGACGUGGCUGCCAUGCAGGAGGCUGCCCAGCACCUCCUGGGGACGCACGACUUCAGCGCCUUCCAGUCGGCCGGCAGCGAGUCCCCUAGCUCCGUGCGCACGCUGCGCCGGGCCUCCGUGUCCCCUGGCCCGGCCAGCCCCUUCCUCCUUCCCCAGGAGGGAAGGAGGUUACAGUUCUGGAGCCUGGAGUUCGAAAGCCAGUCCUUCCUGUACAGGCAGGUGCGGAGGAUGACAGCGGUGCUGGUGGCCGUGGGGCUGGGGACUCUGACACCUGCUCAGGUGAGGCUGAUCCUUGAGAGCCGGGACCCCCUGGGCAGGCACCAGACACGUGUGGCGCCAGCCCACGGCUUGUUCCUGAAGUCGGUGCUCUACAGGGACCUCGAGGACCGUGGUAAGAGGUGGGGGCGGCCCUGCUCGGACCCCGCCAUCGACCCCACUCCAGGCCAGGUCCUUGCUGGAGGAGCCCUUGGUGGCCUUGCUGUCACCGCUCUCCUCUGUCGUUCUAGCAGCCGGGGAUGUAGCCUGUGCCCAGCAGGAAAGUCAGGGCCCAGGGGGCAGAAAGGCCCCAGGUCAGCCAGACUUCAAGCCGGAGACCAGUGGCCCCACGGCAGGAGGCCUGGGGUGAGGUGCUCAUGGCCCUCAGGCCCACCCCCCGUCCUGCUUCCAGCGCCCUGAAGCUGCUGGCCUUGUGUCUGUAGGGCCCAUGGCACUGAAGCCACAGAUGACCCCCAGGGGCCUGGCCUUGGCCGGCCCAGCCCUGCAGGCCCCAGCUGUGCACGAGGGGCUCCCAGCGGACCUGGUGGCCCCAGGCCAGUGGGGGAGGUGGGGCCUUUGGUUGUUUUAACUGGAGGGGAACAUCCCUGCCCAGAGGUACAAAUAAAACAAGAA